GGCUGAUCCCCCGCUGACGCCAUACCUUCCCAAUUUGGCCAAUUUCUCUGCGACCACCAGAUUCAAACGCCUCAAUUCCUGCAACACAUCAACAUGUCGAACCAAAACUCGUCCAGCUAUUCAUCGUACUCCUCGGUGUCGUAUUCAUCGAGCAGCAACGUCAACGGCGAACAGGUGUCCGGCUCUCGCCACGCCCAGACCAGCCACACCGAUCCGUCGGGCACCACCGUGUCGACUGCCAGCCAGAACCUGGGCGAACCGGUCAUUCGAGAGCAGCGGCAUUUUGACUCGCAGGGCCGAGAGCAGCUCGGCGGUCCGCAAGGGGCCACGGCCAGCCGCCGCAUCGAGGAUGUCGACGAAGAACAGGCACGUCGCGAUCGGGAGUACGAGGAACGGAUUGAGGAGGAAUAUGCGAAGCGCGAGGGUGGUGCUUGAGCGCUCUACCUCUGCUGGCGCUCUUGGACGACGCAUUACGCAGCUCACUUGUAACCUCUAAACUAUGUAUUGAUUGUAUCGUGGCUUCUACCAAGCUCCAUCAAGACCGUCAGCUAGCUAUCUCACUCCUACCGCUAAACUCCGUCAAGUAGGGGUCUUUGGCGAAACUCAGGUACUCUCUCCUCCCUAGGCUCCUUCCGGAGACGUCGAUGUCCGUCUUGAUGUCAUCGAUCAGAGCCUCCUUGGUGGUAUAGUCGGCCUCUCCGCGGAUGAAGCCGAGGACAAUGAGAUUCAUGUGCGUUUCGUAGAAGUUGACCUGGAAGUCGUGCAU